CUGGACUACAAAGUCAUACUGACAAGCACAGGCACCUUUAAGCUACAAAAUAUGAUGGAGACAGAGUACUCCAAGAGAGUGUACCAAGGUGUCAGGGUCAAGCACACAGUCAAAGACCUGCUAGCCGAAAAGCGAUCAAGGCAAACUAAUACACCAAGGUUCAGUGCAGGAGCCAGCUCCUCCCAGCCAGCAUUUGUACAAAUGCCAGGGCCCCACAUGCUUCCUGGAUACUACAGCAUGCGAAGGUCCAUCCUGCCGGAUUCUGAGCUGUGCCACUCCAUGAAGCAGUACUCCGCAGACUCCUACUCACCAUCCCUGGGAGGGAAGGCCUUUCCUUAUGACCACUCCUCCAGCUACCCCUCUUUUAUUGAUAGCUACUACCAGCCAGAAUCAUUUGGAGACUACAGGGGUGCGACCACGUAUGCAGCUAGUGGGGGGUCCCUGUUCCCGCCAUCCACACUAUCCACACUACUACCCUCUCUCUCUGGGGAGACAUCAUCACAUCUACUCUUGAGAGAUCCAUGGGACCAGCCUUCAGACGAGCAGGUCAGCCCGCCAGAGGGUCUUUGUUCUGAGGGCCCUGCCCCUGCAGCAGACUCUCCGUCCCUGGGUGGUCCUGACUCAGGCAGCUCCUCCCCAUACCGACUCUCAGUGAGCCGCAGCAAUGGAGCUGCCCCCUCAGGCUCACAGUCUUACACUCUGCAGCCCCUGGAGGAUGUCCACUACUCUGCGACCUCCUACAGCCCUGCCCCCAGCUACUCCUGCCCACCAUACAUGACUGUUCCUGGUGACCUGGCCGUGGUCAAGAUGGCACCUGCCUCUUCAGAGGAGCCCGGUGGAGGGAUGACAUCUCUCAAUGAUGUUACAAGCCAAUCAUGGGCCAAGGAUGAUGGGACUGGCUCGUGGAUGUCAUACGAGACGAGAAGGGGUUUUUAAAAGGCUCUGAUGCAACUGAUGUGGACACCAAACUGUGGGUGCAGGCAGAAGAUGAAAUAUGGCACCCAGAACCGCUGAAAUUUUAGUUGACGUUUGUAAGAAGCUUAAUGUCUUACAGGAAGCAACAGUGGGUGUAUAACAAUAUGUGCACGCAAUUUUCUGUAAUUAUGAAAAUGUAACUAAGUUACAUUUAAAUGUUUUUGUUUUAAAUUUUACAUCAGGAUGUGCUCAAAUUAAAUACAGAUUUGUGUUUUAUUUACAGUUUUAUUAUAAAGAGUCAUAGGCUAGUUAAUGAUAUGUGGUAAGGUUUAGUUUAAAAUUUAAAUUGGCACUCUUUUUUUAAAAGCCACUUUGUUUUUUAAGAAGGCUUUGUAAAAAUAAAACAUUGAUAAUUGAUUUUAUAUGUAUUACAUUCUAGCCUUAGAGGUGUAAGGAUUUCCACAGUUUUAGGUUCUUUGUGACUUUUGAUUCUGAGAUCAAGAUUUAAUUAUUUUUAUUGUAUAUGUUAAAAUAUUCUAUAGAGCUCUGAUUAUA